AUGAAUAAGAACGAUUGUAUGUUCAGAUUACAUAACACUGAUGUGAGUUUUGGUUGAAAAAUUGUCUAAAAAUUCAGAAAUCAAAAUUUUCCAGACAACGAAAGAAAUAAUAAGCGCAGCUGUAAAUGCAUUUUGUGACAUGAGAACUGAUGCGUGUCUAAGUAUCGAUUUGAACUUUGAACGAUGUAUCAGAACCGACUCGAUUACCGAUACUUUCAGUCGAGUGAAAAUCGAAGUUUUGAAAGCGGAAGAUUAUCGCGCGCCAGUGAAACCCGCGUUGAAAUGGAGCGAAGAUGAUCAAAAUUGGAUUUCCAAAUGUGGGGCGGGUGGAUCAAUUCGGAAACCUACAAAAUAUACAAAAUUUGAGGAAAAGCCUGGAAAACCCAAUCAUUCUGCUGAUUUCUUCAAGGAAGAACCGGAAGAGAAAUUGAUUUUGUUGAUGAAGAAGAGGAAGCCAGAAAAACAUCGCGCAAUUUUUUGGGAAAUACCAUCUGCUGAAGUUUAUGCUGUGAGAUUUAGUGAUUUCGGAAAGAGAAAGGUCAACUUCAGAAAAUCAGCGACAGAUGUUCGAACAGCUCAAGAAGUGCCUGCGGUUCGAGAAAAAGGUGACUCCAGUGAUGCGACGGAUAACGAUGCAACACUACUCAAAACUGAUGGAUUGUCACGCGAAUCAGCAUCCGAGGAUUCAACAUUGGUUAUGAAAUCAAGACCAGUUGCAUCUGUGGAAACAGUUGUGACUGACGAACUAUUGAAAGAAGUUGAUUUGAAACAAGAACCACCGAAAAAAAUUGUGCCAAAGCGCGAAUUUUCGAUAAGAGAGUCAAAAAGAGAACCGGAAAAAGAAAAAUCGAAAGAGACUUCUGAAAAAGCAAUUAACACUGAAGAAAAACCAAAAGAAAUUGCUGACAAAUCUGUGAAUACAGAAGCAAAAGAAGAAAAAAUUGAACCAAAAGAAGAUAAGGCUGUGAAUACUGAAGAAAAAGUUGAACCGGAAAAACCCAAAGAAAUCAAAGCUGUGAACACUGAACCCAAAUCUGUGUUUGUAAGUUGAGACUUGAAGUAGAAUCUAUUCCAUACAAAUUCAUUGAAAUUUUUCAGAUUCCAUCAGUUCGACGUCGCGCAGAUGCUGGAGAUUUGACAAUUUUGGAGAUUGAAAAUGGAAUUACCAAAUUCACCGCUUCAACACGUCAUCUUCAUAGAAAAAAACCGAAAUUUAAAAAGAGUGCAUCGAGAAAAUAA